GAUAUCAUGCACUGCUUAUCCGAGAAGUACAACGAAGAUCCACUGAACUUUACACAACAUUUAGUCACAAUAAUUGAAGAAACAACCAUAUUAUUUUCAAUGUCAAGAACAUUAAAUGCAGCAGAGAAUUCAACGAACGAAGGAAUUUUGGAAGGUGUUCCUUCUCUAUGGGAGAACCGCAAUGUAACUUAUCGAAAAACACCCAAGCCACCAAAAAUAGUGAUAACUCCUGUUACACCAGUGAAAGAUGAUUUCUUCGAUGAAUAUUUAACCCAUCCGAAUGACACUGAUGAUUACGUGACUGCUGAAUCGGUAACCGAAGAAUCUGAAAACUGCACACUUACAGAAAGCGAUACAACAAAAGAAGAAAAAGAAGUAAACUUGAGUAAAGUACUAUCUCGUCAUAAGGAGUGGGUUGAAACGUUUGAAAAAAGAAGAGGAAAAAUUGCAGCUCAUACCAAUAAAUUAGAACAACGUUGGCUGCGCCAAUUGUUGAAAAAACGAGAAAAGUGUUUCUCAACAAUUAGACGUUUGAUAGAAAAUAAAGGAGCAGAAAAAUCUCUAGAGAAUGAUAAACAUCAGUGCAGUUGUGAACACUGCGUUUCAGUAGUGGAUUUUUGCAAUACGUUAAUGAGCUGCUGGGACUAUUUGAAUUACGCAAAUGCUGUUGGGAAUAUCAGCAGUUCCUCAGGAAAAAGUCCUAAAAAUAAUCGUCAAUCUGGUGAGCGAUCACUUAAAACAUCAAAUAAAUCUUCGAAUUUUCCAGCUGGUCACGGCUCAACAAAAGAAUCACGAAAAUCGAUCGGAAAAAUAUCACCUGGAAAAUCCAGAACUCCUCGUCGCACCAUCGUAAAACCAAAUCAUGGAGACUAGAGGUAAAGGAGCCCGAACGCAUAUGGCGGAAUGGUAGGAAAAUGGUCGGUGAAAGUGAUGAAAGAUCUCGUAGUUCGAGAUGUAUCCGCAAGCGAUAUCAGCGCCUGGUUACGAAUAGGAUACGUCUGUGAGGCUUGGCAGUUGUGUUGAGUAAAAAUUAUUUCAGAGUAAAAACGUUUCAGAGUAAAAACGUGUACUAGAGAUCGGAUUAAUAAAUAAUCAACAAAUAAAGUCUCGCCAUGGGAAAAUAUUGUGCUUACCCUGGGUGUCGGACCGGUCGCUGUGCAGAGCGGUCACAGCGAAAGCGGUUGGGGAAAAGGCAGGCUUCAGUAUUCAAGGUGCCAAAGCAUAUGGUUCAUCGCUGGAGUGAAGCAGUCCAACAGGACCUCACGACGGAGCAGUUCAUAUGUGAACUCCACUUUGCGGACAAGAGUGUUGUUCGAGAAGACCGUGUUGUCAGGACUGAUGGUGUCAUCGAAAUGGUCCCUCGUAGCAAAUAUUUGCUUGUCGAUGAUGCAGUGCCGAUUGCAGUUCAGAAUAAGGAGAACGCUAAUGACGCCAGCUUGCCGGGACUAUCGAACGCGCCUUCAACUGGACAGAUUGAGAACAAUAUCCUGGACGACACUGAUCGACGGGAUCGACGGAUGACGUGCAGUGAUGGUGAUGGUGACGAUGAUGGAGACGAUCAUGAUCAAAUCGGAUUUACCACUUUUGGUGACCACCUUUUGAAGACGACGUCGGAAAGUUCGCUUGCCAGUAGUUUCGCGUAUGAUGACGUGCGUGAUGUACCGUUUGGGUACAACAGUGAUGCAAUGGACAUCACUUCGGAAGAGCCUGUUAGCGACGAUGUUCGGGAAGAAGCUAAUGAUGAAGGCGGAGUAUGCAGCGUUGAAAGUGUGAUCGAUCGACUCAAACAGGCAUUGUUGCCCGAGAGUUGGUGUUGGACAAUGAAUCCUCGCGAGGAAUCUGGCAUCGUCUUCGUACAAAUCGACAGACACACAUUUCAAUCGCGUAUGAAACUUUUUCUGCAUAACGAUCUUUCUGUCACGAUUCAAGCUUUCGACAGCGAGGUCACGAUCGAAUGCGGGAGAAUUAUGACGUCCAUUGAAGAAAUAAUUCAGUUUCUGCGUCACGCGGAAAAUGGCAUCGUGUGCUGUGGAGUUGGGCUAGAGAGCGAAAAGCGCGCAGAAAAUUGUUCCGGCUUUGUAGGAGCGGCAUUAUACAGCAAGUUCGUGCCAACACCCCGGUGCACUGCUUGCAAACAAAGGCGCAAAAUCCUACAAAAUCGAAAAAAUCGUCGCAAGACGGAUGUUCGUGCUCGAUACGCCCGGAGUAAACAGACAUCAGAGCAGCGGCAACGCCAAUGUCGCCGUUUAAAGCAAAAGGUGUACUCCUUGUUGACGAAAUGUCGCUCAGCGAAGCUAUUAACUUCGAUCGCAAAACAAUGAACUUUAAUGGUUUUGUCGAUCUCGGCCAUCAUACCCCCAUCGAACAACAGAACACUCGAGCAGAUCAUGCGCUUGUGUUCAUGUUCCAGCCGUUUCGAGGAGCGUGGGUUCAAGUUCUCGGCUGUUUUCUGAGCAAGAACUCCGUCACAAGCCAAGUUCUUCACAAGCUCAUCUUGGAGUGCAUCUUGUUGCUUGGUGGCUCUGGAUUUCAUGUGGACGCUGUGACUAUGGAUGGAGCACAGUGGAACCGAGGAGUAUGGAAUUUGUUCGGAAUCAGCGAAAACCAGUUAUCUUGCGAACAUCCUUUCGAUCCCAAGCGACGACUUUGGAUGAUGUCAGAUUUUCCUCACCUCAUAAAGUGCUUCCGAAAUGGGGUUGUGCAGUGUCCGUCAUUCUCGACACCCGAAGGUAUUGUCCUUCUUCGUCACUUCGAGGCUCUUCUUCAGCAUGAGGCGCACACCAAGCCAAAUCUUAGUGUUGCAUAUUUUUUGACAUCGGCGCAUUUGCAACCGAAGGGAUAUCAGAAGAUGAACGUUCCUCUUGCAUUCCAGCUGUUCUCUGACCGAGUCCGAGUUGCAAUGGAAUUGUAUAAGAAUGAUCCGACGUGUCCAGAUUUGCACGACUGCCAACCAACGGUCAAGCUCGUUGAAGUGGUUGACAGGCUUAUUCAUGCAAUGAUGUCGCGUACACCGAUCACCGCUAUGCGUCCUUCGGAUACGUGUCCACAGAAAAAGCACAGCUUGCACGGCAAUCAUUGUGCAACACAACAUAUACCUGGAACCAUAUUAUGUUACGGGAAUAACGUAACAGGAAACGAAAUGUACAUGCGGAAUCAACAAAGUCGAAUGCUAUGCUUGCAGUAAGACUGCAGCGAGAGAAGUGCAUCAAUACUUCCUACAAUAAACAUAAUUAUCGCAAUGCACAAUAAAAUAUUGCGAUCGUAUGGCGUGCCAUUAUGAUAUCAUGUUGAAAUGACAACAAAUUUAAUACAAUUUCAUAAAUGACGCCAUUGAAGAUUUCCUUCGCUACCUGGAUGAAUGGCAAAGAAUCGCAAAGAAAGAGAAGUCGCCUUUCCCAAUUUCAAAUAGCACGGUAACGGGAUUGAAGGUCACUCUGGGUGCCACGUUGGAACUUCUAGAGCAUCUGAAAAGUGCCAACUACGAAUACCUUAUGACUGCUCGACUCAAUCAGGAUGCACUCGAGCGCUUUUUCGGUAUGAUGCGAAACGCUUGCGGCAGUAACGACCAUCCGGAUCCAACCUUGUUUGCUCAAGUAUACCGUCUUCUCAGCACGUACUCCCUCAUCAAGCCGCCGAAGGGUGGUAACGUAUGUGGUACUGAGCUACUGGAGACUCUAAUGGGAACUAAAGAGUCCAUGGCAGAGAAAGCUAACCAUAAGAGGAAAUUUCUGGAGAAGCUCGAUGCUCUCAUUGAAAUCGGACAAGUAAACGAAUCCACCGAUACCUCUCUCACGGAAUUAUCUCAGCAGGAUAGCCGGUAUUUGGACAUCGGGUCUCAAUCCAGUCUUAAUCAUCUCUCGACACACGACUACGAUGUAGUCAAAACAAGCGACGAAGUUCAAGCGUAUAUUGCGGGUUACGUUGCUCGAAAAUGUAUUCGGUUGACCAAAUGUCACGCUUGUAUUGAUUGUUUGAAGAAUGACGACAGGUGUGGUCGCGAUAAAAUUGUGGAUCUUAUGGAUCGCUAUGGUGGACUUGUGUGUCCGAGUGAAGAGCUCUUCAAACUUACGAAAUGUUUGGAAGAGGCUAUUCUCAACGUCGUGGGCACAUUGGCGAUCAAAGAGGACACUCUGUUCCAAAUCAUUCGAAGAGUUCAAGAGACGCGCAACCUGAACUUGGUUGGAUGUUCGGAACAUAAAGAAGACAUGACAAAAUACGUCAUCAAUUUCUACCUUUUGAUGAGAGCAAAUUUUCUGGCGGCUUCAUUGAACAGGAAUUGCGAUGCAAAAAAAGUCAGGAGUAAAGCGUUGCGUAAAAACGCCAAGCUGUAAUCUCAUCGUACAAGAUAAAAGAUUUGCUGAGGCUAUUAUUUCAAUGCCACAAGCUACGAGUUCUAUCGCUCAGUGGCAAGGAAAUUACUAAUCUACUACCCGCUAUAGCUUCGUUAAUUAAUCUUGAACAUCUGGACCUUGGUAAAAACAGUAAGCUCAGUGCACUCCGUUCUUCAAAUACUUUUUUGCAAUUAGCUCAGGAAUAUUUAUCCGUGUUGAGAACUUCGUUAUGAAAUGAUUGAAAAAUUAUAGAUGUUGCUGUUCAAGUUAGUGAAUCGCACUAAAAAUAAAAAAAAUAUCUACGAAAUACAUGAUCGUUUUGAGUAAGUGAGAAUUUGUAUGUUGUAAAACGAUGUCGAAUUGUUAAUAAUCAAAAUAAAUAAUAUUGAAAAAAAUUGA